CAUCCUGCUGACUCCUGAUUGUUCAGUGUACUCCCAGCCUCCCCACGGUGCUGGUCUCCACUUCAAUCUCAGCAGACAUGUCCAACCUCCAGGUGCUGUGCUCCGGCCUGCCCUUGCAGCCCCUCCCACAGAACCGGGGACGCCUGGCUGGGGUGCCUCAUGCCCCUGUCAGGAUCCCCGGCCUCAGCCCUGCAGAGGAGCAGUUGGCACUGAAGAAUGCCCUUCGCUACUUCCCACCUGAUGUCCAGAAACUACUGGCCCCUGAGUUUGCCCAGGAGCUGCAACUCUAUGGGCACAUCUACAUGUACCGGUUCUGUCCCAGUAUUGAAAUGAGGGCCUACCCAAUCGAGCAGUACCCUUGCCGGACAAAAGCUGCUGCAGCCAUCAUGCACAUGAUCAUGAACAACCUGGAUCCUGCCGUAGCCCAGUUUCCCCAGGAGCUGGUGACCUAUGGAGGAAAUGGACAGGUCUUCAGCAACUGGGCUCAGUUCUGGCUGACCAUGUGCUACUUGUCGAAGAUGACUGAGGAGCAGACUCUGGUCAUGUACAGUGGACAUCCACUGGGCCUCUUCCCCAGCACCGCUGGUGCUCCACGGCUGGUCAUCACCAACGGGAUGGUCAUUCCCAACUAUUCCUCCAGGACAGAGUAUGAAAAGCUCUUUGCCUUGGGAGUUACCAUGUAUGGCCAGAUGACAGCAGGCAGCUACUGCUACAUUGGUCCCCAGGGAAUCGUCCAUGGCACAGUGCUCACUGUGCUGAAUGCUGCACGUCGGUACCUGGGCGUCGAGGAUUUGGCUGGGAAAGUCUUCGUCACCUCUGGGCUUGGUGGGAUGAGCGGGGCUCAAGCCAAGGCUGCAGUCAUUGUGGGGUGCAUUGGCGUGAUAGCAGAGGUUGAUAAAGCAGCUCUUGUAAAACGCCACCAGCAAGGCUGGCUGAUGGAAGUGACUGGAAGCUUGGACCACUGCAUUGAGAGACUCAGGGAAGCAAGGAAGAAGAAGGAGGUACUCAGUCUUGGUUACCACGGCAAUGUAGUGGACCUUUGGGAGCGCCUCGUCCAUGAAUUGGACACCACAGCAGAGCUCUUAGUAGACCUCGGGUCAGACCAGACAUCCUGCCAUAACCCAUUUAAUGGUGGCUACUACCCUGUGCAGCUCAGCUUCACUGAGGCCCAGCACCUCAUGGCUUCCAACCCACCUGCUUUCAAGGACCUAGUGCAAGAAAGCUUAAGAAGACACAUCUCAGCUAUCAACAGACUGGCCAAAGAAAAGUUCUUCUUUUGGGACUAUGGCAAUGCCUUCCUUUUGGAGGCACACAGAGCAGGAGCAGAUGUAGCAAAGAAGGGUGCCAGAAAGACAGAAUUCCGUUACCCCUCAUAUGUCCAACACAUUAUGGGGGACAUAUUCUCCCAGGGAUUUGGGCCUUUCCGCUGGGUAUGCACAUCGAGGGACCCCCAGGACUUGGCUGUCACAGACCAACUGGCCACAUCUGUGCUGGAGAAGGCCAUUGCUGAUGGAGUGAAGGCAUCUGUGAAACUGCAGUAUAUGGACAACAUCCGCUGGAUCCGAGAAACUGCCAAGCAUCAACUGGUUGUGGGGUCCCAGGCAAGGAUCCUGUACUCAGACCAGAAGGGCCGUGUGGCCAUUGCUGUGGCCAUUAACCAAGCCAUCGCCAGUGGAAAUAUUAAGGCCCCAGUGGUUCUGAGCAGAGACCACCAUGACGUGAGUGGCACUGACAGCCCUUUCAGAGAGACCUCCAACAUAUAUGAUGGUUCUGCCUUCUGUGCAGACAUGGCUGUCCAGAACUUCGUGGGAGAUGCCUGCCGUGGAGCCACAUGGGUUGCACUUCAUAACGGAGGGGGCGUGGGAUGGGGUGAGGUGAUCAACGGGGGAUUUGGUCUCAUGCUGGACGGAUCCCCAGAGGCCGAGCACAAAGCCAGGAUGAUGCUCAGCUGGGACGUGUCCAAUGGCGUGACCCGGCGCUGCUGGUCUGGGAACCCAAAGGCCUAUGAGAUCAUCUGUCAGACGAUGCAGGAGAACAGCGGCUUAGUGGUAACACUUCCCCACGACGUGACAGAUGAGUGCAUGCUCCAGCAAGCCCUGCAAUCCUGAGAGGAAUCUAGGAGCCAGCUGCAGUCCUCUUUGCCUCCCUUCCUCCCUUGGCAGUCCUCACCCUCCUCACCUCAGCACACCUUCUCCUAUACACUACACUUCUGGGCUUCAUGCUCAAGCCUUUAUAUGGCCCUCACAGCACUCUAGAUGGAUCCCAUUUUACAGGCAAACCCCAGAGAAAUGAUGCCACUUGUCCAUGACCAUAUUGCUUGACUAGGAUUAGGCAGGGUAGGGCACAUCUUGUGCAGGCCAAGUCCUCAAGCUUCCUACAGGGCAGACACCAGCUGCAGGGUGACUGCCGUGAAUUGUCCAACCUGAGCUCCCACCAGGUCUUUCCUAAGCCUCCCUGAGUUUUCUUUGGAUUUUAUCACAUCACUCUGCCUCCUAUCUCCUGCCUGACCAGCUGUCUGUUCCUCAGCACCCCAGGCUUGGGGAUAAAAAGGAGAAGCCUAGGAUGGAAAAUAAAUAAGAAAUAAAAGAAAAGAAUAAAGAAUGAAUGCCUUUCAUCCUGGCAGGGUGGAAAUGGGCUGGUGGAAGUGAGAAGCUUGCUGUGCCCCAGUAAAGGGAUCAUUUGCUAGGGAAGUAAGGGGAGAGGAGGGCACUCCUUCUGGCCAGCACAGCAUGAAUUGCUCUGCAGCAGCCCCGAUUGGGUUCCUUCAGGAACCACUUUAGUCCCUGACGCUAGAGCCUUGCACACCUCCCUCAAACCCAAAUCCUAGCCAUAGCUGAACCCAGAGCCUCCACCCCCCUACCUUGGAGAUCAGGUCCAAGGUAAAGACCCAGGCAAAGGGGAUUAUAUAGCCAUAC